UGAUAAAAUCAGAUCCUCAACCACGACGAGGACCACGACGAGGACUGUCCUGAAAGGCUUCUUUUGCCUGGGUUGCCUGAUUUUGUUAUCAUUGUGCGGUUUACUGUAUCAGGCAACACUAAGAGAUGGUCCUGGAGACAGUCAAGCGACAAGUCCCCAAUAUUAUUAUGGGGUCAAGAGAAAAAGAUACAUUCUUGGGAAGCAGAGGGCCAGGAAAUGGACAAUCUUCAACCUGGUAUGACCAGCCCAGCCAACCAGCCAUUACCUUCAAACCAACUUUUGAAUGUGUCUAAUUUUCAAUACACGAUCGAUGAUUCGGAUCCAAAUUCCUGUGUCACGAUAUCCAGACAUGCAGACAGUGGUUCGGGUCUACUGCUGAUUGCCCUGGUGCACUCCAAACCUGAUCAUUCAGCCCGGAGGCGAAAGAUCCGGGAAGCCUGGAGCAGGGAAAGGGAUCGAGAAAGAGCUACUUUGGUUUUUCUAGUUGGGCAAGUUAUAAAUGAAGAUAUCCAAACUGCUUUGGAGCUUGAAAAUUCACAACACGGAGACUUGUUGCAAGGAAAUUUCUUGGAUUCCUAUCACAAUUUGUCUUAUAAACAUGCAAUGGCAUUGAAAUAUGCUUCUGAACGUUGUCCAGAAGUACCAUUUAUUCUCAAAUGUGAUGAUGACAUCGUUAUAAAUGUGCCUUUGCUUUUAAAUGUGUUAGAAUACUUCGAGAAACACUUUAAGAACACUUUGGAAUACCAAGAAAAACAUCCUACGAGUAAUGUAGAUGGAGUACUUAAUAAUAAUAGAUACAUUAUUAAAAACAUUACAAAACGUUCACAAAAGUAUAGUGAUGAUAUAUUGAAAGAUUUACUAAAGUCUGAACUUUUUGGUAAACUUUCGAGAAGUAACUUAGUCACAAAUAGUAUUAUUAAUCACAAAAGUACAAAUAGUUCUGAAAUUCAUGACCAGGCCAAAAAUUAUUUAAAUAAUAAUACAAGUGAUUCUGAAAAUUAUGAACAUACCAAAAAUGAUUUAAAUAAUAAUUCAAUCACAUCUAGUCAACAAAACAGUCCUAAAACUUCUGUUCACAAGCGAAGUGCCUCGGAUUUAAAUUUCUGGAACAGAAAAACAGGAACGAGUAGUGAUCUGGGAACUGCUACCAAUACUGAACAUGUUUUCAAAGAAAUAAAAUUAUCCAAAUAUGAAGUUGAAAUAUUCAAUGAAAUUUUUAGAUGUAAUGAUGGUGAUGAUAAUUUUGUUUACUGUGUUACAAAUGUGCACGCCUGGGUCAGAAGAAGUUUUCGCAGUAAAUGGCGUGUCUCACCAAAAGUCUAUCCUGACAAAUAUUACCCUACUUACUGUGCAGGAGGAUUUGUUCUGUACACGCAGGAAAGUGCCAGGAAAAUUUUUCAGGAGGCCCAGAAAAGGUCACAAAAGGGCUUAGCUUUUCUAUGGAUCGACGAUGUUUAUUUCACUGGCACUCUUGCAGAAGCUGCCAAAACUCAAAGAAUAAGUGCCAAAAACCACAAAUUGAGCUCAGACGACACAAAAAGCCUGUUACGAAUUCAUAGAAGAAACAAAUAUUAUUUGGAGAAAGGAUUCCUAAAAUUAAGGAAAAAGGUGAAGAGAAACUUCCUAAUUGGACCUUGGUCGAUUACAGAACAAGAUUGGGCUGAUCUCUGGGAACUUGUUGUUGAUGGUGAUAAUUAUGAGAAUUCAGGAUCAGAAAAUGACUGA